AUGCGCUUUUUUCAGGCUAUCGUCUCCAGUGCGCCAUCCCGACAAAAACGAGCCUUUGACUCAUUCGCUGGCAGUUUCUCUGGGUUGGAUAAACGAGCGUUUGAUGCACUGGCCGGAUCGGGAUUCGAUGGGUUCAACAAGAGAGCAUUUGAUUCUUUUGCUGGACAAGGAUUCGGAGGCUUCGAUAAACGUGCAUUCGAUUCAUUGAGCGGCUCUGGCUUGACUCCAUUCAACAAAAGAGCUUUUGACGCGCUCUCCGGCAGUGGUUUCGGCGGUUUUGACAAAAGGAGUAAGCUAGUCUUGGCCGGACCCGAUGUUCUAUACAAGCUGCCUCGCGUAAGUAAUUUCACUUCAUUUUUUUCACUUUACUUUUCUCCUGCUUCAUUUCAACAAGCCUGCUUCCCUAUACUACCAAAGUGCAUACUUGAGCGGCUAAAGCAGAAAGCCGGAUUAGAUUGGGUGAAAAAGAUAAUUAAGAAAGCUAUAGUGGCGCUUUCGGAAAUCAGUCUAAUUUCGCAACUAAAGAAGAGAUUACAUUGUGAUGUCGCAGAACUCCAGAUCUCAGAUUCUAUAGCUAGGUUAGUCUCCGAGUUUCUUCUUCAUUCCGAUGGUGGGAUAGGAUGAAA